UAUAUAUAUGUGCAGCAUAACAUAAAUAUGAGAUGUAGUGAUUGGUCAAUCCCUUCCUAAGUCCUCCUAUUUACAGUUGCUAUCAUUCGCUUUUCAACGCUCCCAACCACCGUCAUUCCCAGCCAAUCUGCACCAGCUUCUUCUUCUUCUUCCGGUUGUGCCUCCCUCCACCACGCAACUCUCUUCCCUGAAGCUCAUUGUUCGUGUUAUUUUACAGGGAAACAAUCUGGUAGUAUAGUGACUAGGUUACAUAUGAGGAAUAGAACUCAUAGCACCGGUGAAUGUUCUAGCUCAACAUCAUUGAGCAGUCACCAAGAUACUGAGGAUGAUCGGAUGAUUGCUAUUGUCUUGUCAGAAGAAUAUGCCAAGCUAGAUGGUGCUAUUGGCAGACGCCUUUCUAAUCUUGCCCCUAUUCCUCAUAUCCCACGAAUAAAUUCUUUUAUACCCAACUUUAGUGACGCCAGUUUGGAUCACCAACGCCUUCUUCAGAGGCUUAAUGUCUAUGGUCUAUACGAAAUGAAGGUCUCUGGUGAUGGAAAUUGUCAGUUCCGUGCGCUUUCAGAUCAGAUGUAUAGGUCCCCUGAGCAUCACAAGCAUGUGCGGAAAGAAGUUGUGAAACAGCUCAAAGACAAUCAAUCCUUAUAUGAAGGCUAUGUGCCAAUGAAGUACAAACGCUACUACAAGAAAAUGGCAAAACAUGGUGAAUGGGGUGACCAUAUAACCUUACAAGCAGCAGCUGACAAGUUUGCAGCAAAAAUAUGCCUUUUGACGUCAUUUAGAGAUACUUGUUUUAUUGAAAUUAUACCACAAUACCAGGCACCAAAACAUGAAUUCUGGUUAAGUUUCUGGUCUGAGGUGCAUUACAACUCACUAUAUGAGAUCCAAGAUGCUCCUGCACAGCAGAAGCCAAAGAAAAAACAUUGGUUGUUCUAGAGGAGGAAGAAAAUUGUUGAGGGUAUACUGUAGUACAACACCUGAUAUUGAGCGAAACUUGAUUAUUGUGAAUAUUAUUUCUUGCCGUGUCGGCAUAAUUGAUUUUUUGUUAUUUCUCUUUUUCUUUUUUUUAUGACAAUUCUUUCACAAAGGUAUUGUGUUUUUGUAUUGUAUAUUUAGAAUUUUGAGAUGCAUUGAACUAAUCAUAUCAUUGCUUCUAUA